CUCUAAAAAGACUGAAGUUAAACCACCUGAAGGCAUGAUUGCUAAAAAGGUAAGACAAUGGUAUAUCUUUUAUAUUCACUAACAACAACGUCUAUAGUAUGAGUAAAUCAUAUGUGUCUGUCUGUGUACGUGGGGAAACAACACUGAAUUUUACACACACACACACACACAUAUAGGCAUAAAAUAAAGUUUACUCGGUUUUCUCUUUUUCUCUUUUUCUUACAAACACACGCACAUAUAUACAAUGAAUAAAUCUAUUUAUAAAGUGCUUAUUGCUAACCGUGGUGAAAUUGCAUGUCGAGUGAUACGUACUUGUAAAAGACUUGGUAUAGCUACUGUAGCUAUUUAUUCUGAUAGUGACCAACACGCACUUUUUGUUAAAAUGGCAGAUGAAGCCUAUCACAUCGGUCCUUCAAUUGCUUCUGAAUCGUACCUGAAUGGACAAAAGAUCAUUGAGAUAGCUCAACAAUCAGGGGCAGACGCACUUCAUCCAGGCUAUGGAUUUCUAUCCGAAAAUGCAGAUUUUGCACAACAAGUCAUUGAUGCAGGCAUUAAUUUCAUUGGUCCUCUUCCAGACACUAUUCGUACCAUUGGUGACAAGAUUGCUGCCAAAGUAUUCAUUGCUCAACAUGUACCUUCUAUUCCUCUGAUUCCUGGGUACAAUGGUGAAGAUCAAUCAGUGGAAAGGUUAGAAAAAGAAGCGAGACAGAUAGAAUUCCCUGUGUUACUCAAAGCUUCUGCUGGAGGAGGAGGGAAAGGCAUGAGAACUGUUUACGACGCAAGCAGAUUAAAAGAGGAAAUUGAGGCUGUUCAAGGAGAAUCCCUUCGUGCGUUUGGAUCUGAUAAACUAUUGAUAGAAAAAUACUUUGAGAGUGUCCGUCAUAUUGAGAUUCAAAUUUUUGGUGAUAGGUAUGGUCAUGUUGACCAUAUCAAUGAGCGUGAUUGUUCUAUUCAGAGAAGACACCAAAAAAUAAUGGAGGAAACACCUUCACCUGCUAUGGAUCCAUCCCUUCGUAUGGCUAUGACGACAGCUGCUGUUGAAUUAGGCCGUCAGUUAGGCUAUUUAGGUGCUGGCACAGUGGAAUUUAUCUUGGACGAGAAGACACGCAAGUUUUAUUUCUUGGAACUCAAUACGCGUCUUCAAGUAGAACAUCCUAUUACAGAAGCUAUUUCAGGCCUUGAUCUGGUUGAAUUGCAGUUCCUUGUGGCUCAAGACACCCAUUUAAGCGAGCUGCAUCUGGAUACCAUUGCCUAUCAAGGUCAUGCGAUUGAAGUCCGUCUUUGUGCAGAAGAUCCUGAUGAUGACUUUAGUCCUCGAACAGGCACUAUUCAGGCAUGGCGUCCUUCAACGUCCAUUACAGGUGUACGAUUUGAUACAGGUGUCCAAGAUGGUUCAGAGAUUACCGUGUUUUAUGAUUCGAUGAUUGCAAAGAUCAUUGUGCAUGCACCUACGCGUUCUGAAGCCAUUCGUAGUAUGAUAGCUGCCUUGACCAACACAGUUGUGAUGGGCAUCACGACUAACCAGAAAUUCUUGAUCCAGCUCCUAAAACAUCCUUGUUUUUGUCAGGGUAUGUUUGAUACUCACUUUAUCCGUCUUGAGCGAUCGUAUCUCUUUCCAGCCUUUGAUCUGGAUCAGGUCAAGCCAAGUAUCAUGGCAGCGCUUGUGUUUCACUGGCAUAUGCGUCAUCACCAACACACUCCCUUGCACCAUAUUCAGUCAGGUUGGCGUAAUGUUCCAUGGCGACAUCAACAGAUAGAUUUCGAUAUCAACGGCACUCACAUCCAUGUUGCAUACGACUGUAUAGGUCAUACUGAAUUGAAAGCAUGGCUCGAAGCAUCCUCUAUCACCUUACGCGUAUUAGAAACCCAUCUCAGUCAACCCCUUGUCAGACUCUAUGGUAUUCAAGGGGCUCAAGGUCUUUUACGCUGUACCAUACAAGCAUCUCAGCACCAUUUUUAUGUGGCUGAACAAGUACGCGAUGUGAAUGAUAAGUCUAUCUUUGUUCAUGAUUUUAGUCUUGGUUAUCCAACUGAAUUAAUCAAGAUAGAUCGAUUCAAGAGUCACACUGCCACUGGAACGGAGGAUGAUAGAGUGACACCUUAUAUGUCAUCCAUGCCUUGUCGUAUAUUAAAAGUGUUGACUCCUUCAGGCACCAUGGUCAAGAAGAACACGCCUCUUUUAUCCAUGGAAUCCAUGAAGACAGAAAUCAAGAUACUUAGUCGACAUGAAGGUGUUGUUACAAUCCAUGUUGAAGAAAAUCAGUUGGUGGAUGCCAGAGUUCUUUUAUGUUCUGUUGAUAAAAAACAGUUUAUUUAAACCUUCAAACGAAGCUUUUGUUCCAUGCUUGCAUGAAUAUCCAACAUAUCCGUGGAUUCAGCAGGAUCUAUGCAUAUACAUCAAUAAACCCACUUACAUAAGACACACUUACUGUUGAGGAAAUCUUCAUAGUCAAUAGUCUCAUCUCUUCCUGUCAAGAUAUCUAAAUGUAAAUUUGAAGAAGGAAUAGCAGGCAUACGUUGACGCUGCAUUGGAUCAGACAUGGCUGGUAAAUGCUAGAUGGGAUGUACCUUUUCAAUCAAACUUCUUUCCAUCAUCAUCUUGAUAGGGGCAUGCAUACCAUAAGCUUGACGAGCUAAAUUCAACUUGAGUUCCCAUUGUGUUGUUUCCCACUAUCCUUUAUCAUCAGUAUACGACAGACUCAGAGUGUUACUUGCCUGUUCUAAUCUGUUCUCAAG